GCUAGUGCCAGUGUUGAGGGUGGUCGCACGUCUCCUGCUCCGCCAACCAUCACUGACGUUAUGUCUCUCAUCCGCUCUUUAACCCUUUUCUCCAUUUUUUGUUGGUUGUUUCACUCGACGUUUUGUUCAGAAGAGAGAGAUCUGGUAGUAAUAACAGUAGCCACCAAUGAGACUGAUGGUUAUCACCGCUACAUGCGUUCCCUGAAUGUGUAUGGUCUGAAUGUCAAGGUAUUGGGUUUAGGUCUGCCCUGGGAAGGAGGAGAUGUGAAGAACUAUGCUGGAGGUGGUCAGAAAGUCCUCAUGCUGAGAGAGGAGCUCGCAAAGUAUAAAGAUGAACCAAAUACAGUCAUAAUGUUCACUGACAGCUAUGAUGUAAUCUUCACAGCUGGCAAGAGUGUUAUUCUGGAAAAGUUUGACAACCUUGAUGCUCGAGUUGUAUUUGGUGCAGAAGACUUCUGUUGGCCCAACCAGAAUCUCGCUACACAGUAUCCUCGAGUUUCUUUUGGCUACAAAUAUCUGAAUUCUGGGGGUUUUAUUGGCUAUGCUUCCGAGGUGCACAAGAUUGUAUCAUCACAGGAUAUAAGUAACUUGGAUGAUGACCAACUUUACUACACACAGAUAUUCCUAGACAAAAAUUUAAGAGAAAAAUACAAGAUUAAACUGGACACCCAGGCAAAUAUUUUUCAAAAUCUUAAUGGACAGUUAGGUGAUGUGUCACUGAAGUUUGAAGAUCAUGAUGUUAAGAUUAUUAACACAGUCUACCAGUCUACUCCAGUGGUCAUUCAUGGGAAUGGACUGUCUAAGAUCCAGUUAAACUCCCUCGGCAACUACCUUGCUAAAUCUUGGACUCAUGAUGAUGGGUGUCUCUCAUGUCGUGAAAAUUCUCGGGACCUUAAAAAGUUGCCUAGAGAAGAAUAUCCUCGGGUACUGAUUGCAGUGUUUGUAGCGAAACCGAUGCCAUUUCUGGAAGAAAUGUUGGCCAAAGUUGCCAGCCUUAAUUACCCAAAGGACAAGCUUGAUUUACUUGUAUAUAAUCUGGCUGAGAUGCAUGAAGAUCUUGUGAAUACAUGGGUAGCAGAGCAAAACUCUGCUGGCUACCGCUCUACAAAGGUGAUCUCUGCUGAUGAUAACAUGAAGGAGUGGCAUGCCCGUAACUUAGCAUUAGAAUUAUGCUUAAAGAACAGCUGUGAUGCGCUCUUCAGUGUAGAUGGAGAUGUUCACCUAGACAAUGCGGACACCUUAGCCCUUCUUCUAGAACAUAAUAGACCCAUUCUUGGUGCAGCAGUAAUUCGUGAGGGCCAAGCUUGGUCUACUUUCUGGGGAGCUAUUAAUGAAGAUGGCUUCUAUGCCCGAUCAAUUGACUACAUGGACAUUGUUCACAACAGUAGAAGGUAAGUGAACAUUUUGAACAUCUU